GGCCGCUGUGUUAGACACGUGGGUUCCAUGUUCGUGCAGCAAUAACAACAUGGCAAGUCUGACAUACGAGGGUUGCAAUUUCUUCAGGCAAAGACUAGUGUUAGCAACGUUGAGCGGGAAAAGAGUCAAAAUCCGAAACAUACGGUCUAGAGAUGACAAUCCCGGACUUCGAGAUUUUGAAGCUAGUUUCAUCAGACUUCUUGAUAAAGUGACCAAUGGCACCAGAAUUGAAAUCAACCAAACAGGAACUGUCCUGUUUUACCAGCCUGGCCUGUUGUAUGGUGGUGCCGUAGAACAUGAAUGCUGUGCUCAGCGGUCAAUAGGCUACUACCUGGAGGCCCUCAUCAUGCUUGCACCCUUUAUGAAGAAUUCUCUUAGAGCCAUUCUGAAAGGGGUCACCAACGACCCCGUGGACCCCUCAGUAGACUUAAUUAAAGCCACUGCUGUUCCUCUGAUGAAGACGUUUGGUAUUGAUGGGGAAGGUCUGGAAAUAAAGGUGGUGAGGCGAGGUAUGGCCCCUGGAGGAGGCGGCGAGGUGCACUUCUCCUGUCCUGUUCGCCGUACCAUUAAACCAGUGCAGCUCACCGACCCAGGCAAGAUCAAGAGGAUUAGAGGCACUGCAUACUCUGUGCGUGUGUCGCCUCAGAUGGCCAACAGAAUAGUGGACUCGGCCAGAAGUAUCUUAAACCAGUUCAUUCCAGACAUCUACAUCUACACGGACCACAUGAAAGGAGCCAGUUCAGGAAAGUCCCCAGGUUUUGGCCUGACUUUGGUGGCAGAGACAGUGAAUGGAACGUUCCUGAGCGCGGAGCUGGCAUCCACACCACAGGGGCAGGGAGACCCUGUGCUUCCAGAGGAGCUCGGCAAGAGCUGUGCAAAGCUGCUUCUGGAGGAGGUCUACAGGGGUGGCAGUGUGGACUCAACCAAUCAGAGCCUGGCUCUUCUCUUCAUGACACUAGGCCAGCAGGAUGUGUCCAAAACUCUCCUCGGUCCCCUCUCUCCUUACACGAUUGAGUUCCUGCGGCACAUUCGGGACUUUUUCCAGAUCAUGUUCAAGAUUGAGCCUCAGAAACCAGAGGACGAGCAGAAAGGGGGAGAGAAAGUCCUGAUGACCUGCGUUGGAGUAGGAUUUGCCAACAUCAACAAGACACUCAAAUAAAGACUCUACCUAGAGAGCACCACAUACUUUCUGUGUAUCAUUGAAGCAGUUUUCAUAAUUGUUUAAUUUUACCUUAUGUCAUUUUUAUAGUGAAAUAUGGAAGAACUGAUUGCAUUUCUUUGUACCUCAGAUAAAAGUGAAAAAAUACCAGA